UCCCUGUGCCCGCCGCCUGGCUGUUCGCAGCUCCAGCUCCUGUCCGGCGCUCUGGCCGGGCUCGGGCUCCGGAGGACGGGACCACGCGACUGGCCGGCCGAGCCCGGGGCUGGCCGCGGGAGCAGGGCCCAGGAUGGCGCUCUCCCUGACGGGGUUUGUGGCCUUCUCCUUCCUGCAAGCCACCCUUGCCCUGAACCCUGAGGACCCCAACGUGUGCAGCCACUGGGAAAGCUACGCUGUGACCGUCCAGGAAUCGUAUGCACACCCCUUCGAUCAGAUCUAUUACACACGAUGCACAGACAUCCUGAACUGGUUCAAGUGCACCAGGCACCGGAUCAGUUAUAAGACGGCGUAUCGGAGAGGCCUCCGGACCAUGUACCGGCGGAGGUCCCAGUGCUGCCCUGGCUACUAUGAGAACGGAGACUUCUGCAUCCCCCUGUGUACGGAGGAGUGUGUGCACGGCCGCUGCGUUUCCCCGGACACCUGCCACUGCGAGCCCGGCUGGGGAGGGCCCGACUGUUCCAGCGGCUGUGACAGCGACCACUGGGGCCCCCACUGCAGCAACAGGUGCCAGUGCCAGAAUGGCGCCCUGUGUAACCCCAUCACAGGCGCCUGCGUGUGCGCCGCCGGCUUCCGUGGAUGGCGUUGCGAGGAGCUCUGCGCACCUGGCACCCACGGCAAGGGAUGCCAGCUGCUGUGCCAGUGCCGCCACGGCGCCAGCUGUGACCCCCGCACCGGCGAGUGCCUCUGUGCGCCUGGCUAUGCUGGCGUCUACUGCGAGGAGCUGUGCCCUCCUGGGAGCCAUGGAGCUCACUGUGAGCUGCGCUGCCCCUGCCAGAAUGGGGGCACCUGCCACCACAUCACUGGCGAGUGUGCCUGCCCCCCAGGCUGGACGGGAGCAGUGUGUGCCCAGCCCUGCCCAUCAGGGACAUUUGGCCAGAACUGCAGCCAGGACUGUCCUUGUCACCAUGGAGGGCAGUGUGACCACGUGACUGGACAGUGCCACUGUACAGCUGGAUACAUGGGGGACAGGUGCCAAGAGGAGUGCCCCUUCGGGACCUUCGGCUUCCAGUGCUCGCAGCGCUGCAACUGCCACAAUGGGGGGCAGUGCUCCCCCACCACGGGCGCCUGCGAAUGUGAGCCUGGCUACAAGGGUCCGCGCUGCCAGGAGCGGCUGUGCCCCGAGGGCCUGCAUGGCCCGGGCUGCACCCUCUCCUGCCCCUGUGAUGCUGACAACACCCUCAGCUGCCACCCGGUAACCGGAGCUUGUACCUGCCAGCCAGGCUGGUCUGGUCGCCACUGCAAUGAAUCCUGCCCUGCCGGCUACUAUGGCGAUGGCUGCCAGCUGCCCUGCACCUGUCAGAACGGCGCCGACUGCCACAGCAUCACUGGCGGCUGCACUUGUGCCCCGGGCUUCAUGGGAGAGUUCUGUGCCAUUUCCUGUGCAGCAGGGACUUACGGCCCCAACUGCUCGUCCAUCUGUAGCUGUAACAAUGGUGGCACCUGCUCCCCAGUGGACGGCUCCUGCACCUGCAAGGAAGGGUGGCAGGGCCCGGACUGCACCCUGCCGUGUCCCAGUGGGACGUGGGGCCUGAACUGCAAUGAGAGCUGCACCUGUGACAAUGGGGCAGCGUGCAGCCCCAUGGAUGGCUCUUGCUCCUGCACCCCUGGCUGGCUGGGAGACACCUGUGAGCUGCCUUGCCCGGAUGGCACAUUUGGGCUGAACUGCAGUGAACACUGUGACUGCAGCCAUGCUGAUGGGUGUGACCCCGUCACAGGGCACUGCUGCUGCCUGGCCGGAUGGACAGGCAUCCGCUGUGACAGCACAUGUCCACCUGGCCGCUGGGGCCCCAACUGCUCCGUCUCCUGCAGCUGUGAGAAUGGAGGCUCCUGCUCGCCAGAGGAUGGGAGCUGCGAGUGUGCCCCUGGCUUCCGAGGACCCUUAUGCCAGAGAAUCUGCCCCCCUGGGUUCUAUGGCCACAGCUGCGCCCAGCCAUGCCCCCUCUGCGUGCACAGCAGUGGGCCCUGCCACCAUGUCAGCGGUAUCUGUGAGUGCCUCCCAGGAUUCUCUGGAGCUCUCUGCAACCAAGUGUGCGCUGGAGGACACUUUGGGCAGGACUGUGCCCAGCUCUGUUCCUGUGCCAACAACGGGACCUGCAGCCCUAUCGAUGGCUCCUGCCAGUGCUUCCCUGGAUGGAUUGGCAAGGACUGCUCACAGGCUUGCCCACCCGGGUUCUGGGGCCCUGCCUGCUUCCACACAUGCAGCUGCCACAACGGGGCACGCUGCAGCGCCGAGGACGGGGCCUGCCACUGCACCCCUGGCUGGACUGGACUCUUCUGCACACAGCGCUGCCCAGCAGCAUUUUUUGGGAAGGACUGUGGGCGCGUAUGCCAGUGUCAGAAUGGCGCCAGCUGUGACCACAUCAGUGGCAAGUGCACCUGCCGCACGGGCUUCACUGGACAACACUGCGAGCAGAGGUGUGCCCCAGGAACCUUUGGCUAUGGCUGUCAGCAGCUAUGUGAGUGCAUGAACAACUCCACCUGUGACCAUGUCACCGGCACCUGUUACUGCAGCCCUGGCUUCAAAGGAAUCAGGUGUGACCAAGCUGCCCUCAUGAUGGAGGAGCUGAACCCCUACACCAAGAUCAGCCCAGCCCUGGGUGCAGAGCAGCACUCGGUGGGUGCUGUCACAGGCAUCAUGCUGCUGCUGUUCCUCAUUGUGGUGCUGCUGGGUCUAUUUGCCUGGCACCAGCGGCGGCAGAAAGAGAAGGGCCGAGACCUAGCUCCCCGCGUCUCCUACACACCUGCUAUGAGGAUGACCAGCACUGACUACUCUCUCUCAGAUUUGUCUCAAAGUAGCAGCCAUGCCCACUGCUUUUCCAAUUCCAGCUACCACGCACUGGCGUGUGGGGGGCCUAACACCAGCCAGGCCAGCACUCUGGACAGGAACAGCCCCGCCAAGCUCAGUAACAAGUCCCUUGACAGAGACACAGCAAGCUGGACCCCCUACAGCUAUGUGAACGUGUUAGACUCCCAUUUCCAGAUCAGUGCCCUGGAGGCCAGGUACCCACCCGAGGACUUCUACAUUGAACUUAGACACCUCAGCCGCCCCGCUGAGCCACACUCACCAGGUGUUUGUGGAAUGGAUAGACGUCAGAACACAUACAUUAUGGACAAAGGCUUCAAAGAUUACAUGAAAGAAUCCGUGUGCAGUUCUAGUACUUGUUCCUUGAAUAGCAGUGAAAAUCCUUACGCCACAAUUAAGGACCCACCCAUCCUCACCUGCAAGCUUCCAGAAAGCAGCUAUGUAGAAAUGAAGUCUCCUGUGCACGUGGGGUCUCCGUACACAGACGGGCCAUCCUUGCCGACAUCUAAUAAAAAUAUAUAUGAAGUUGAGCCCACAGUCAGUGUGGUCCAAGAAGGUCGCGGUCAUAACUCCAGCUAUAUCCAGAAUCCAUACGACCUACCUAGGAACAGUCAUAUUCCUGGUCAUUAUGACCUCCUCCCAGUAAGACAGAGCCCUGCCAAUGGGCCCUCCCAGGACACGCAAUCUUAAGAGGGAUAAGCUUCUCUCUGGCAGUGUGCUCCACUGAAUAUUCUGACUCUGAAAGAAGACAUUCCCUUGAAGUAAUGGUACAGACUGGCUCCAGCUGCAUGUUAGUUAUUACGUUCACCUGGAACUAAAGAAGAGCAUCCAGGUGGGCCUGGGAUAACUGUUCAAGGAAUUGUGUUCUCAAAGGCAAAUCUUAUCACCCACUCAGCCCCAAAUGCCCUGGAUUAUAUGAUUUUUAAAAGAUUUUAAGACAUAGCUACUCAUCAACAUCAGCUAAAUACAGCUGAUACAAAUAUAUAUACAUAUAUUUAUCUGAAACGUAAUAUUUAAAAAAACAUGUAGGUUAACAAACCUUCCUAGGACAAAAAGGUGACUGGGGUGGGAAGAGGAUUACUUUAAAGCACCUGAAACGUAUAUGUACUUUUGGUUGCUGUUACCAUCAACAUCUGUUUUAUUAUCGAAGACAAUACAUAGACACGAACUGUUCUAGUAUCAGUCUUAAAAUAUUUGUACAUAAAUGUCUGGUCCAUCAAAUUACAACAGCCAAGAUUAUAGAAUCUAGUAUAUAGUCUAAUGCUGACAACUUCCAUUUUGAAAAACAAGACUUUACUUUCUUCUAUCCUGUGAUUACUUUCUUCUGCCCCGUGAUAGGUACACACACACACACACACACACACACACACACACACACAAACACGCACAAACAUGCACACAUAGGGCAGCAGUGUCUCUUUCAGUCUACAACGAUGAUUCCUAGGCCAACUUUAUCAAAUUUUGCCAAUUCAAAGUUCAAGAACAUUGCAAGUCAGUCCUGGCUUUGUCAUAUCUACUUAGUCCAUCUAACACCGGAAUCAUGCCAUGUACAACAGGGCUCUAAGAUGAUCCUUUAAGUAAGGAGUCACAGACGGCUAGGGAUUAAAUAUCCCUAAAGACGGCUACCUGGCCUCCUCAUUUUAUUUAGACAGCACCCCUUGACUCAAGAGUACUUGCUUUCAAGUAGUUCUUCAUGAAUCUUGAGACUGAUGUAGUAUGAAACCUAAAAGUGUGCAGGAAAUUGGACAAAUGUGGAUACGGCAGGCUUACAUUGCUCAAAGUACAUUAUGCUUUUUAAUAGAACUAAAUGAAAUGAUCAAAAAAAGAAUGGACUAUAACCAGUUGCUGUAACAUGAUGUAAAAAUGUUACUGUAAACAGCAUGUGAGGAUAUGAAGGCCUUCCACCUUCUAUCUUAAACUACGACUUACUAAGCUAGCUCAAUAUGCUUACAGUAAAUGCUCCAGAUGCCAGUAUUCAGGUAUGUCUAUACCUCCCUCUAUGAACACAGAUAAACUGAGGCUCAGAUGAGUCAAAAUUAAGUCAACUCCCAAGCCCUAAAGAGAACCUUCUCACAAGAAUUAAAAACAAAAAGGGCAAA